UGCAGUUUCAAUAUUAGAAACUUUUGUAACAUUUGAGGGAGUAUAAAAAGAAAGAAGUGUGGGGAUCAAUGAUCCCAAAAAAGCAAAAACCUUUCUAAUAAAAGAACUCUUCUCUUUCAGCCAUCUUCUUCUUCAACUAUGGGUCGUCGUAAGAUUGAUAUCGCAGAGGUGAAGGAUCCCAACGACAGACAAGUUACAUUCUCAAAGCGCCGCACAGGUUUGUUCAAAAAAGCAAACGACUUGUCUGUAAAGUGCGGUGCAGAACUUGCUAUUGUCAUGUUCUCUCCUGCGAAAAGGCCUUACUCUUUUGGCCACCCAAGUGUUAAUGUUGUUGCAGACAAAUUUCUUCGGAAGAACCCAACGUCAAAUUACGUACGAGAAAAUGACGCACCCGAUGAUGAAGUUGAUGACAUUGAGAGGUUACGUCAACAGUUAUCUGUUGUUGAAGUUCACAUAAACGAGGAACAAAAGAAGGCUACGGAACUUGACGAGAGAGAGAAAGAACAAGAAACUUCAGAAGCCCAAAAUAAGGAAUUGCAGAAUUCACCUGUGCUCCGGCGUAUGGUGGAAGAUUAUGUUGAUGCGAUUGAGGUCUCAGAGUGUAUGUUGCUUCUGGCGAAAGAACCUGUAAUUGGAAUAUCAAAUCGACCAAUUUGCAAGAGAAGAAGAAGGAAUUGAUACUCAGUACCAUCAAAAUUAUCUUUGCAUCUCUUAUGUAAAAGAGUGUUUGUUGAGAAAAUAAUAUUGUAUAUCAAAGAGUAACAAAUAAACUCUCUAUAGUUAUUGUGUUCGUGUUGUUAUUAAUCGUAUGCAA